AUGAAACUGCACUUGCCCUUGCUGUUCCUUUCCUCGCUGCUCGCACCAGGGGCUGCCAUAUUCCCUGGCGAUGCAGUUGGCAUCACGACAAAGCACAUCAGCGGCCAGCCGGGAUUGUCCAUUACCUACAAAGAGACCAAGAUCUGUGAAACGAGAUCCAAAGCCUGGGCUGGAUACGUGCACAUGCCCUCGUGGUACCUGAGCGAGAUCCAGAGCGCGGAACCAUACAAUGUAUCCAUGUUUUUCUGGUACUUUGAGGCUCGAAACUCGCCGUCCAAUGCAACUACCGGUAUAUAUCUAGCCGGAGGGCCCGGCGCAUCGUCCAUUGGCGAUCUUGUUACAGGAACUGGAUCGUGUUACAUCAAGGCAGACUCCAACAGCACCGAAGACAACCCUUGGUCCUGGAACAACGACAUGAACAUGCUGUACAUUGACCAGCCAGUCAGCACAGGCUACUCGUACACCAAGCGAAUCCAGUCCACCCUUGACCUUCUCUUCCUCGGCAACCCAGUCACCGAGACCGGCAUCACGCCCGUCGCAGCAUACAACGGCUCCGUGCCCCCCGAAAACACCACGUUCCUCCACGGCACCUUUUCCGAGCAGAACCCCGCCAAGACGGUCAACAGCACGCUGUCCGCGGCCAAGACGCUGUGGCGCUUUACGCAGGUCUGGUUCCCGCACUUUGCCGAGCACAAGACUCGCAGCAAGCGCGUCAGCCUCUGGGGCAACUCGUAUGGCGGCUUCUACGUGCCCGCGACGGCCGCGUACACGGUGCGGCAGAAUGCCCGGAUCCGUCGCGGCGCGCUCAACGGCACCGUGAUCCCGAUCGACGCCGUCGGCUGGACAAACGGGUGCGUCGACAUGCUCUACCAGGGCGAGUGGUUUCCCGCGCAGGCUUACAACAACACGUACGGCCUGCAAGUCAUCACCAAGGCCGCGUACGAGGCGGCGCUGCAGAACUUUACGAAGCCCGGCGGCUGUCGCGACCAGAUUUCGGAAUGCCGGCGCCUCGGGGACCUCUACGAUCCGGACCAGCGCAACACCAACGCCAACGUGACAGCCGCCUGCGUCGGCGCCACGCUCUACUGCUUCGGCCACGUCCUGGGCGCGUACGAGGCGGCCAGCAACCGCAGCGUCUUUGACAUGGCGCACCUCAAGCCCGACCCGUACCCGGCGUCGUACGCCAGCGGCUUCUUCAACCAGGCGUGGGUGCAAGCGGCGCUCGGCGUCGGCGUCAACUACACAUCCUCGUCGCUGCUGGCCAGCCGUGCGUUCUUCUACGGGACCGGCGACCCGGUGCGCGCGAGCGGCCUCGCGCUGCUGCAGGAGCUGCUCGACGGCGGCGUCCGCGUCGUCAUGAUGUACGGCGACCGCGACUACCGCUGCCCGUGGAACGGCGCCGAGAAGCUCAGCCUGCGCCUGCAGUGGGCGGGCGCCGCGGCGUUUCGCCGCGCGGGCUACGAGCACGUCCAGACGAGCGGCGGGUGCGCGAGCAGAGGCGUCGUCCGGCAGCACGGGAAUCUGUCCUUUGCGCGCAUCUUUGAUGCUGGGCACAAUGCCCAAGGUUACCAGCCCGAAAUCGUGUCGCAGCUCGUCCGCCGCGCCAUUGCUGGCAGAGAUCUCGCCACUGGCAAGCACGCCACGACAGGCCACGGCGCAAACUACACGACACGUGGACCGACGAGCAGCUUUGGGAUCAAAAAUACGCUGCCGCCGCCGCCGGAAUUUGCGUGCAGCGUGUGGAAUGUGCCGUCCUCGUGCACGCGGGAGCAGUACGCGGCGUUGGUGGCUGGCACGGCAGAGACGGACAAGUACAUGGUGGUCAAGCCUGCGGGGGGGAGCCCGGGGUCAAUUCUUCAAGCUUUUUAA